AUGACUGUUAUCUGUAACCAUCCAACCAUCCUGACCAUGGAAGCUGGCGGAACGAACAAGAAUCAACCUGGCACUAGCGCUAUUUCCCACACGUUCCAACUCGACCACGAGAUCUCUAGGCCUUCAAUCGAUUCCUUAGGCGCUUUGAAGCCCAACAUCGCUGCACAUAGAGACUACCUCUACAGAGAGCAAGUUCAUGGCAAAUCCAUCGACAGACAUGGGAAUUUGCAACGCCCUGCCUCUGUGGACGACCUGCCUCUGUGGAGCAUCGAGAUAUGA